CCUCAUGAAACUUUGACCCAUUUCGUCACGGGUACGAAAAAAAAAAUUACGUGAGACUGGAUUGAAUACCCAUGUAUACAUGUAUGUUCGCGGAGCAGUGUACACUGUGAAAAGUUUUACCCUGCUCAAAAAAAAAUAAUAAUGGUGUCCAGAUAUCACAUCUAAUAUAUUUGACUUCACACAAUCUAAAUUAUUUCAUUUCACACGUCACAAAAUGUAAAGAAAAUGAGUUACACAAUCAAAUCAAUAUUUGAUCUAGCUUUUUAUUUCAAAUGAGCAACUGCAUGUUACACUUUUUACAGUGUGGACUGGUCGCUAUGCGGCAAUCCCAACUUAGAUAUUAUUAUAAUUAGGUAAUUAUUUUAAGAAUGUUGAAGGCUGACGCCUCACCAGAAAAAUGUGAACCCUGUAUUUGAAGUGGAAUUUUUUUCCACAAUUUUCUGACCACAGGUUUCACAGUCAUUUAUUUGUUUUGCUCUGUAAAGGAAAGCGAUCCUCAAAUCGCUAAUUGUCAUCGGUGCAGGAAGUUGGGUCAAUAAUUUUGGGAUGAAAGAAAGGUUUGAACUUGGCCUAUAUGAUUGAUUAUCCACUAAUGUAGGGAAGAGAAAUAUUCCUUAUAAAGGUUGACAUAGAUUGAUUUGUGGAUUGCUGUUUACCAGGCUGGGACUGGACAAACAAAAAUAAAUCAUAACUUAUACUGUUCGGUGUAGUAUACAAUGACUACAGCAUGUCUCACAGUACAGUACAUUAGAUAUUGAAAUGCUGUCUUUGUUACAUAUACCAGAUACUCCAGGAAUGUCUAUCUGGAACAUCUUCUGAUGCUGGAGAACACAGAGGAGAUGGCCCUUCUGCAGACAGUGAUGCACCUGUUGAUGUGAACACAACAGAAGUGCAGGUCUCACUGUGCAUUGCUGUACAGGUGUCACUGAAACCCAUCACUAAGACCAAGGCUGUGCAGUUCAGAGGAACGGGACGGAGCAAAGUUCCUCCAGGUGUGCAGACCUUCGCUCCAGCAACCGUGACAGUGGCCACGCAAACGGACAAGGAUGACAUCGCUGCCCGGCACAUUGUGGAGGAGGGCAACUUGUCCAUAUCCUCAGCAGAGGACCGGAUGCCUGUGACUGAUGAUGACCCUGACUACGAGCCGUCCACAGGAGACGAGUCAGAUUACGAUACGCCUGUGGUCGACAACGUAAAUCCCCAGCCACAGCAGCAAGGCCACUGAGUUUACUUGGUAUUCUGGGCCUGCUUAGCACAGCUGAUGGCAACUUGGUGCAGCUGCCCCUUGUGUGGCUGUAGGAUACUCGAAUUCUCAUGCAAAGAAGUGGGAACACUGCUUCGAAUAUCCCUCAGUUGCAAGGAGUGUGGCCACCAGGGGAACUGGGACAGUCAGCCCUUCUUUGGCAGAGCUGCAGCUGGCAAUAUCUUGUUGUCAGCUGCCAUCUUAUUCAGUGGGGCAACCGUGACAAAAGUGCUCCGUGUCCUCUCCCACAUGGGAGUCACUGUGAUGUCUGGUAGGUCCUUCUUCCGCCACCAGGAACAAGUGUUGUUCAAUGCCGUGAAGCGACUGUGGGUAGAGCAGCAAGUCUCCAUGCUUAACCUGCUACAAGCUGAGGGAGAACCUCUUGUCUGUGGUGGUGAUGGGAGAGCGGAUACUCCAGAGCACAGUGCCAAAUAUAGCACAUACACGAUGGUGGAGCUCCGGAAAACAGCUGUAAUUGAUGUCCAACUUGUCCAGAGCAAUGAGGUUGGGGGCAGCUACCAAAUGGAGCAGGAGGGGUUGCAGCAGUCGCUGGAGAAGAUCGAGGAGUAUGUUGAUGUUGGGACUCUUGUCACUGACCGCCAUGUAGGAAUAAACAAGAUGGUGAGGGAGGAGUACCCAGGAAUAUGGCACUUCUUUGACAUAUGGCAUGUUGCCAAAGGCAUCAAGAAGAAGCUGUACAACCUCAGCAAGUUGAGAGAUUGUCAAGCCGUGAAACCAUGGAUUUCAAGUAUUAUCAACCACCUGUAUUGAUCAGCUGUGUCUACUUCCCAGGGGAAUGAAGACCUCAUCGUGGACAAGUGGAGGUCAAUUUUCCAGCACACUCACAACAUCCACGCCGGAUUCAAGGGAGGAUUCCAUCAGUGUGCCCAUGAGCUGCUUGCAGGCAGGAAGCUACAAAAGCCAUGGUUACCUCCACAUACAAAGCUCUCUGUGGAAAUGGAGAAAAUAAUAACACAUCAGCAACUCUGCAAAGACGUGAAACGCUUAUCACCGAACCAUCAGACGUCGCACCUGGAGGCAUUCCACAGUCUCAUCCUGCACUUCGCCUCGAAGAUGUUUCACUUCUCGUACAAGGGAAACCGCCUUGACCGUCAGUAAAUGACCACAUCUCCUUUCUACAUUCAGAUGCAUUGAGAGCCACUUUGUUCUCAGAACUGUGGAAUCUUUCAGGCGUCUGCUAAUCAGACAUUCAUUUGGCUUCCCCAAGACAGCUGCACUUCAAGGCCGCUGCGAUAAAAAACCUCCAAGAAGAUUAAACACUCAAGCCUCGCUUCCCUGGUUUCCCCCUCCCUCAGCUUCUCCAGCUCUGACGUUGACUGUGAACAGAGGUCUGCUCAGAGCUGAACCCCCAUCCCUUCCAGGAUUCAGUCAUGGCCGUUGUUUAGCGCCAAAAAGGGCUGCUACCGGAGUGUUCUGAUAAACUGGACUUUCAAAUCUCAGCUGUCGUCCUGUGUUCUUGUUUGUCUGUGUGUUUACUG